CAAACACAUAUCCUGGUCCACAAGUAGUGGUACCUGUUUAUGUUGAGAUGUCGGUCACUGGACCAGCAUUCGCGCGCGCGUUGUGAUCACUGGGCCGGAAAUGAUCGGACCGCAGCCCAAAUUUUGGGCUUUUCUCUAACAGCCGCCGGCAUCAUCGUUUCACAGGGAGUCACCUUCCGGGUCCAGCGCAUACUGAUUUUUGUAUAUUAUACCGCGACACUACUACCCUAGUACAUUACUACCAUGUCAGAAUCCAAGUUUCAACAGGCACCCCACAAGCUAUUGGCCAUCCCCGGGCCUAUUGAAGUGACCAACGAAGUCCUCGAUGCGAUUUCUCAGCCGCCUAUGUCCCACGUUUCGCCUGGGUUUGUGAAGAUAUUUAGAGAGUGUAUGGAUAUGACCAGACAAGUACUGUAUACGUCCACUGGCAUGCCUUUCAUCAUAGCCGGGAGCGGGACUCUCGGCUGGGACGAGGUUUCUUCCAAUCUUGUAGAGCCCGGUGAAGCUGCGCUAGUCGUGAACAAUGGCUACUUUGGGGAUGGUUUUGCUGACUGUCUCCAUGCUUAUGGCGCAAGCGUUGACCACGUCCGGGCGCCUUUGGGCGAGGUGGUGCCAAGUAUAGAUAUUGAAAGGGCACUAAAGAGGAGAAAAUAUAAGGUUAUUAUAGUCACCCAUGUCGACACGUCGACCGGCGUUCUAUCAGACGUGAAAGCGGUAGCGAGUGUCACCAAGAGAGUUUCACCAGAAACAUUGGUUAUUGUCGAUGGCGUAUGUUCGGUCGCAAGCGAGGAAAUCCGCAUGGAUGAUUGGAACAUCGAUGUGGUCCUCACGGCGAGUCAGAAGGGACUAGGCACACCGCCAGGGUUGAGUAUUCUCGUCGCGAGCGAACGAGCGAUCAAGGUAUUCGAGAGCAGGAAAGCUCCGGCGACAUCCUACUAUGCGAGUUGGCAAAAGUGGCUGCCUGUCAUGCGCGCAUACGACUCUGGUUCACCAGCGUACUUUGCUACACCGCCUGUGAACAUGAUAUACGCGUAUCAUGCCUCUUUAAAGCAGAUAAUAGUGGGCUUAGAAGAGAGGUUUAGAGCACAUCAGAAGGCCAGUGAGAGGAUCAAGGCUGUAGCUCAGCAGUUGGGUUACACCCAGAUACCCAAGAAGCAAAGUGUUGCAGCGAACGGGAUGACUGCGAUAUAUGUUCCCGAUGGGUUCGCACCAAAAGACAUUAUACCUCGGUUGACAGAGCAUGGUAUCGUUGUUGCUGGCGGCCUGCACAAGGACGUCAAAGAUAAAUACAUCAGGAUAGGUCAUAUGGGCGCCUCUGUUGUUGAUGAGAGAAGAGGAGACAUUGAAACCAUUGAGAAAGCGUUGAAAGCGUCAGUCGGGAAAUGAAGUACUUACAUGUGUCAACAGCGUCUGUCAAAUCCUUGCACCGGGCUGUAAUAGAUGAUAUGACAAUGAAUAAUCAGUCGCAAUGCGGACGUCUCCCACCCGAUAGGCAUG